AUGAAGGGACUCAGAAGUCUGGUGGCAACAACCUUGGCUCUUUUUCUAGUGUUUUCUUUCAUAGAAAAUUCCAGCAACGCGCCGCAGGGACUCUUUGAGAGAAGGAACUGGACUCCCCAAUCUAUGCUCUAUCUGAAGGGUGCACGAAGGCUCCAGACCGGCCUGGGGAACACCCCACGGGCUUCUGAACCCGACCACUUCUCCAAAGCCCAUGAGCGGGGGAGGGCUGGGUGCAGCAGGCGCAGGCAGCGCGCGGGCAGGUCUCUGCAGGGCGAAGACUGGCGUGGGGGCAGGAUCGUGGGGCGCGCCGCGCAGGGGCAGAGUACGGGUAAAGGCUCUCGGUGCAGCCCGGGGGUGCGCGUCGAGCGCCCGAAAUCCAGCGCGGACCCAGGCCGCCACUGCGGACCUACCCCUCCUGGCUUGGGGACUCGCGGCGCGGAGCACAGUUUAACCGCGAUUGUUGGGUGUUUAGCGUGCCGGCUCAGCCCCAGUGUCGCCUUUGCAGAGGGGCGCCGCUUCAUUUCGGACCAGAGCCGGAAGAAGGACCUCUCGGACCGGCUGCCCCCGGAAAGACGAAGCCCAAAUCUGCAACUACUAACUCUUCCAGAAACAGCAGCUCUGCUAUUGGCUUCCUUGCAGAGAGACCUCAAGAAGCUGGAGAAGAAAACUGAUCAAACCAGAGUCCUAGAAGACUACUAAUCUGAUGAAAAUAGACCAGAUUACAUUCAAACACAGUCCAUUCUUGUUGAAAAUAUGAACCAUGUAAAUAAAGCCUUUGGAGCCUUUUUACUUCAGUUGUAAUCUUAGGAACAUGCACAACCAGUUUUAUUCUUUCCAGAAGUAAAGGUAAUGUAGAGUUCUUA